AUGUCAAUCGAGGCGGUAGCUCUCUUGUCAGAUGGUUCCCGAAUCGUAUCUGGCUCGAUGGAUUGCACGAUUCGACUAUGGAAUGCAGCGACAGGUCAGUCGUUGGGAGCGCCGCUGCGUGGUCACCAAGAGUCCGUGAGAGCCGUCGCAUUCUCACCAGACGGCUUGAGAAUUGCUUCUGGCUUGUCCGAUAGGACUAUUUGUAUUUGGGAUGUGGCUACCCGAUCGCUGUUGGGAAAGCCAUUUCGAGGCCACCAAGACCCGGUUUGUGGCAUCGCUUUCUCGCCAGACGGUUCUCGCAUUGUCUCUGGAUCGUACGAUGGGAAGAUUCGACUAUGGGAUAUACCUACUGCACGGCAGUUGGAAGAUCCAUUUCUAGGUCACGAAAGCUGGGUCAACACUGUUGCAUUUUCACCUGACGGUCUGCGAAUUGUCGGCGGCUCCUCAGGCAACACGAUUAGUCUCUGGAAUGUAGAAGAUACAAAAGCGCAUAGAUUGAUUCACGAAAUUCUCGUGCCUGGAUACGAUGGUGUUCGCUUUUGCGCGAUGGCUGGGUGCUGUGCGACGACGAUAAACAUCUCUUCUGGGUACCACCGGACAAUCGACAUGGACUGUCAUUUCCUCGCCUUCUUCUGA